AUGUCGGAGAAAAAGAUGAAACAGAAGGAGCUGAAGCGACAGAACAUUAUGGACUCCAUUUCGCGCAUCGAAAUGUUCGUGACCAACUACAACGAGGAUCGAGACCUUCAAGAAGUAGCGAUACGGUUGGGUAAGCUGGAUACAUUGAUGGAGAAUUUUGAGGCAAUACAAGAGUUCAAUGUUUCGAGGAAAGUGGAUCUCAUCAUUGGAGCGGAAUAUUUCUUCACGAUGCUUAAAGGUGGCCGGAUAAAUUUAGGUACAUCGUUCCCGAUACUCGCCGAGAGUGUUUUUGAUUGGGUUGUUUCGGGUAAAACGGACUUUGAAACCCAAAACGUAACCUGUUGUGUUUCCACCCUAGAGUCUAUUGACCGCAAUUUGGAGCGGUUUUGGAAAGUAGAUGAAUUGGACUGGUCUAAUAUUACCCCAUCUGAACAAUAUUGCGAAGAUUUUUACACUAAGACAGUAUCUAGAGAAUCUUGUGGACGAUACAUGGUUAAAUACCCCAAGAAGGAACAAUUUUCUGCUAUGGUGGGCAAUUCCCAUUUGCAUGCAGUCCGACGUCUACAAAGCCUAGAACGAAAACUGGACAAAGAUGAAGUAUUGAAGAAGAAUUAUCAUGAUUUCCUCGCAGAAUUCUUGGAAUUGGGGCACAUGCGUGAACUGGCAGGGGAUGCAGUCGAUCCACCCAAUGUUUUUUACCUCCCACACCAUGCUGUCCUUAAAGACUCGAGCACAACAACCAAGGUACGAAGUGUGUUCGAUGGGUCUGCUAAAACUGGUACAGGUUACUCUUUGAAUGAUGCACUUUUAAUCGGACCCGUAAUCCAAGACGAUCCUCUCAGUUUGGUUAUAAGAUUCCGCAAGUACAAAGUGGCGUUACUAGCGGACAUCGAAAAGAUGUAUCGUCAGGUUUCCAUUCAUCCUGAUGACCGCCCCUUGCAGAGAGUUUUAUGGAGAUUUAGCCAGGAUGAGCCUAUUGCCAAAUACGAGCUAACCACUGUAACUUAUGAGUUGGCACCGUCGUCGUUUUUAGCCACUAGAACGCUUAAGCAGCUCGCCGAUGACGAAGGUGCGAAAAACGAGCUUCAUGCCCUUUAUAAAAUGCUUACCAACCACACCGAAAUAGACCGUAUCGCUACCAGUUUCGCAAAGGAGGGAAUCACAUGGCACAUGAUACCCCCACGUGCCCCAAAUUUCGGUGGCCUCUGGGAGGCAGCCGUGAAGGUGGCCAAACGUUGCUGA